GUGGCACGCGUAGAGCCCUCUGGGACUUGUAGUUCCGAAGAUGGACUACGCCGCACCGCUCGCGGUGCCUCUGGGUCAGGCUGAGGUAUUUCAAGCCCUGCAGCGGCUGCACAUGACCAUCUUCUCCCAGAGCGUCUCGCCCUGUGGGAAGUUUCUGGCAGCUGGCAACAAUUACGGGCAGAUCGCCAUCUUCAGUUUGUCCGCUGCCCUGAGUUCAGAGGCCAAAGAAGAAAGCAAAAAACCUGUGGUGACCUUCCGUGCCCAUGAUGGGCCUGUCUACACCAUGGUCUCCACAGACCGGCAUCUUCUCAGUGCUGGGGAUGGGGAGGUGAAGGGCUGGCUUUGGGCAGAAAUUCUCAAGAAGGGCUGUAAGGAACUGUGGCGUCGGCAGCCCCCAUACAGGACCAGCCUGGAAGUACCUGAGAUCAAUGCCCUGCUACUUGUCCCCAAGGAGAAUUCGCUAAUCCUCGCUGGGGGAGAUUGUCAGCUGCAUACUAUGGACCUGGAAACUGGGACCUUCACUCGGGCCCUCCGGGGCCACACAGACUACAUCCAUUGCCUGGCACUGAGGGAACGCAGCCCUGAGGUGCUGUCCGGUGGUGAGGACGGAGCUGUGCGGCUUUGGGAUCUCCGUAUAGCCAAAGAAGUCCAGACCAUUGAAGUUUACAAGCAUGAGGAGUGCUCAAGGCCCCACAAUGGGCGCUGGAUUGGGUGUUUGGCUACCGACUCAGACUGGAUGGUCUGUGGAGGGGGCCCGGCCCUCACCCUCUGGCACCUCAGAUCUUCCACACCCACCACUGUCUUUCCCAUUCGGGCACCACAGAAGCACGUCACCUUCUACCAGGACCUGAUCCUGUCUGCUGGCCAGGGCUGUUGUGUCAACCACUGGCAACUGAGUGGGGAACUUAAGGCCCAGGUGCCUGGCUCCUCCCCAGGGCUCCUCAGCCUGAGCCUCAACCAGCAGCCAGCAGCCCCAGAGUGCAAGGUCCUGACUGCCUCUGGCAACAGCUGUCGAGUGGAUGUCUUCACUAACCUGGGCUACCGAGCCUUCUCCAUGUCUUUCUGACAUCGUGAUCCCCUCCAUUUCAAGAGCUAGAGUGAUGUUUGGGGAUGGGGUUUUAUACGUGAGCCCAGGUUGGCCUGGGACUCACUCUGUGGCUCAGCUUGUUCUCAAAUGUAGAGCAGACUUCCCACCUGUCUCCAAAGUGCCAGGAUUUAGAUCUAUAUAAACCAUCACACUCAGCUUUUUUUAUUUGUUUGUUUUUUUCAAAAUAAAGUUUUUGGCUUUUUUCUUGUUUGCAC